GUAAACCAAAUUCGUUUCAUUUGGUCAACAAACAAGGAAGCCCUUAGCCCUCCCACCGUGUCCAUCUCCACUCGCCAGUCUCAGCCCGCCGGCCACCCCCCACAUCUCGCCAUGUGCGGUGGGUGCCGCCGCCGCCAAUGUGGCCCCGACGGGACGCCCGACGGCGGCCGCCGGGGCUGCGGAACCGUGAUCGCCGUGCUGGCCCUGGCGGCCGCCGCGGCGGUCGCGUUCCUGGAGAGCGCGGCCGGCGGGAUCUCCUACGCGGGGGACGGGUGGCUGCACGAGUGCGCCAAGUGGGACGCCGAGGGCGGCAGGUUCCUGGCGUCCACCUUCUUCGGCGGCGGCGUGGCGGAGGUGCGCGCCGGCGAGGGCGAGGCCGAGGAGCGGGUGGUCGUGGCCGACCCCGUCGCGGCCGGCCGGGUCGCGCUGGGGCUCGCGGUCGACGCGCCCAGGCGGCGCCUGCUCCUGGUCUACGCCGACCGGCCGCCGCGCCUCGGCUACGCCGCGCUGGGCGCCUACGACCUCGGAUCGUGGCGCCGUCUCUUCCUCACGCGCCUCGACGUGCCAGGCGAGUCUACAUUUCCCGACGACGUCGCCGCCGACGAGGAAGGCAACGCCUACGUGACCGACGCCAAGGGAAGCAAGAUCUGGAAGGUCGGGCCGGACGGCGCGCUGCUCGGCGUCAUCAAGAACGCCACGUUCGUGCAGCGGCCGGGCCUGCGCCACAACCUCGUCGGCCUCAAUGGCAUUGUCUACCACCCUAACGGCUACCUCCUCGUCGUCCACACCUCCGGCGGUGACUUCUUCAAGGUCGACCCGAAGACAGAGACCGUGCGCGUCGUCAAGGUGCGGGGGUCGCUGAGGCGAGGGGACGGCCUUGAGCUGCUCUCCCCGACGAGGCUGGUUGUCGCCGGCCUGCCGAACCGGCUGGUGGAGAGCUCCGACGACUGGGAGACGGCGAGUGUCACCGGGCAGUACGUCGGGCCGGUCCACCGGAUCGGGUCGUCGGCUACGGUGAAGGACGGGGACGUGUACGUCAACCAUAUUGUCGGGUUCGGGCUCGGCAGGAAGAAGACGCACGUCCUUGCAAGGGCGGUGUUCUCGCCGUUGGCAGUGACGAGUUGACGGGCCGGCGCCUCCGCGCGCGCUCCGUCGUGGGAUCAACAGUUGCUUUUUGCUAAGCGGCAGUUCAUACUUAUGGACUAGAACUAAUAAUUAGUUGCUAAAAUUAGUUGAGAUAUUUAAACAAUCUAGGUAAUAAUUCAACUACUAGCUACUUUUCGCAAAUUAGCUAUUUGUUAGGUAACUAAUUCGACUAACAAUUUUAGUCAAUUAAUUAUUAGAUCUAGUUCAUUCAAACACCCCAUAGAUGCUCGUAGUACUUUUGUUCCUACACUUGACACGUUGCCCAAAGAUACAAGAUUGUAUUGUUUGGUACAUGCAUGGCGGAGGACCCAAUAAAAUACCAAUAG